AUGCGAGCUCCAGACUUGAGCGGAACUUCACGUUGGCAGAACAUUGAGAACGCAGGAACAUCGUCCGGAGGGGAUAUAUGGUCGAGCUUGCCGGCUUCGAGCGUACCCUCCAGCUCGUCACGGGAUGAACCAGGUCUUCGCAAGCCCAACCCUUCUACAUCUAGCUAUCGGCCAACGCCGACCAGAUUCAGCAAUGAAGAUCGGACGACCGGGAGUGCAAUACAAGCCAGGCCACCUCCGUCUACCUCACUACCGCCUCGUCCGAAUUCUGGAGACGCCCGAUCAUGGAACACCAGACCUCCUCCCUCGACCCCGGUCCGCCCCGCUGCGAUUCCUCCCUCAACCUCCCUCUCAUCUCCCUCGACCGACCUUCAACCCAUCUCCACUUCCCACCGAGCUUACAAGAAACUAGACGAGAUGGAAAUGCUCGGUACACUCAGUCGGUCAGGUGGAAAUGGGGAUGGCGAAGGUGAUGGGUUGUUAGAUCGGGAUAUUCAAGAAAAGUUCUUGCUCUGGAUAGAAGACAAGCUAGAAGCUUUCUACAUCCGGUUCCCUUCCUUCAAAUCCGAUGAACCCGUAAACCGGAUUCUUUACCCACGAUCAGAGCAAGAUCUAGCGAUUGAGAAGGAUGGCAAGGAAUCGCUAGGCGUCAUCCUUCUUCAUCUACGGAAACUGCGGGAAGGUGUAUUGGCCAGCCGGAGGAUGGAUUCGUUUGCCGUCAAAGUCUACGAACUCUCAAGCGUCUUAUCGAUACGUGCGGAGAACCAUCCUCAAUUAAUAUCAAGCCUCUCCGUCCUGGUUCCUGGAAUCUACCUAAAAGCCGCAACUUCAAAGCCCGGCGACGAGAAUUUAGAAACCCAAGUGAAAGCUCUUUCGAUCUCCUCGAAAGCGAAAUCGCCGAGAAACGAGUCCACCGACAACCGGGCAUACUAUACGAGCCUCUUGUUGAUCUACGAUAUCGCACACCGAGAUUCUCCCGUCGAUUUUUGGACCGACUAUUUCAAGCUCACCCGUCCUUCUGGCAAAAAGCCCAAUCGCCGACCGCCGUUCGUCAGAGCCGAUCACCCCGACCUCCCGCUGGCUUUGGAGGUCUACCGAGCAAUAAUACAGCCUUCACCACUGGCGUAUUACCGGAUACUACGGUCAGACCUACAAGCGGAUCAGAAGGUCGUCAUCGGCUUUGCACUGCCUAAGAUGCGCGAACGGACAUGGGGAAUGAUGAGAAGUGGGUGGGCCAUGGGGAUGAAGGUCGAUUUCGCUGGAAGUCUCUUGGGAUCCGAGAUUGCUCUAUCAGCAGACGUAGCCGAGGUAAAGGACGAGUGGGAUGAUCACCUGAAGAAUGGGUCGACAGGCAGACCUAGGGCUGAUGACCUGAUAAAAUCGUUAGGCGGGAGGAUAGACGGUAACAAGGUCCUCUUCAGAUAA